AUGAGAGUUGCUCUCAGGGUGUUGUUGCUGUGGCUGCUGCUGUUGCUUCCCUCCACAGCACUGCCGAGGAAGGGGGAAAAGAAUUCCCCAACUCACCGACUGGAGCUGAGCCUGCCAGAGGAGCUGGGGCUGGAAGCGGAGGAGAGAAAGAGGCAAAAUUCAAGUUUACAGGAAAACGGCGGUGCAAGACGACGGGGGCGGCCUGCCGUGACUCACCUGUCGAAGCCUGACCUAGGUGCCAAAUGCCUCCUGGGAAUGGCUGAGGAUGGAGGCACCGGCUGGUCCCACUCCAGCCUGCACCCCUGGCUGCUCGGGGGACUGGAAGGGCCUGUGUGCAGGGUGAGGAUGGAGCAGGACGGGCUCACACCGAGGCACUUGGAAGUGGUGGGUGUUCUCACCCAGUACGAGAGCAGUUUCAUCAAGGUGCUACGACGGCACCGCAGCUGGGAUGAAAAGUUCCUGGAGACCUUCGGGCUGUGCCCGGUGGGGGAAGCUGGUGCUGCUCCCCAUCCCCUGCAGCGCAUCCACACACACGUAGUGGAGCCAGGGCUGGAUCGCUUCCUCGUCCUGCACCUGGAGGAAGUGCAGUGGGAAGCGCAGGCGAAGCUGCGGUUCAAGCUGGUUUUCCAGGCAGAGGGGGGCCGGGCGCUGGGAGAGCUGCAGGUGGCUCUGAUGCUCUUCUAUCUGGGCCGCCGAGAGGGACAGGGCACCGGAUGUCUCACCCACGUCCUCGGGGCUUCUGUGUCUUCUGCCUCUGUGCAGAGGCUCUGCCUCUCCAAGGACACUCAGUACCUGGUCCUGGGAGCCACCACAGACUCUGUUGCCCGCAGCAGAGAGCAGCUUCACUUCUCAGCUUCACUGGCGAUCCACAGCAGUGAGGGAGGUGCCCCUCUACCCUCCACGGAGGCCCAGCAGCUCCUGUUUGGCUCCGAUGACAAGUGCUUCACCCGGAUGACCCCAGUGCUGCUGCUGCUGGCCAAGCCACGGUGGGAAGAGGAGACUUCGGCCCCAUCCUCCUACCUCUCUGCUGGCGGGGUGGUGGACACAGCUCCGUAUCCACAGCUCAGACCACCGCAGGCUGGGACCAAGGAGCUGCCAAUCCCCACUGCCCCAAGCCAAGACAAUACUUCAUCCCCAGUGCCUGGCAGCAGCAGGCAGUUCUUGGGAAUCCUGACUCAGUUCAUACAUCAGGUCUUGAGCUCUUCCAGCGAGCCACCCCCCCAGCCCAGUGCCCACCACUGGCUGGACUUCCAGGUGAUGGAAACCCUCCCACACCAGCUGCUCAACCUGUCUGAGGAGGCGGCACUGGAGCAGCUGGUGCAGUCGGAGGAGCCCUCGGUGCUGCUGUUCCCCCAGGACAGUGAUGCUGUGCUGGAGCAGCACCUGGGGGACUGGCAGCCGGAGGGGACCGGGACCGUGCUGCAGCUGCUGAUGGGCCAGCUGCAGGUGGGCAUCCGGGGGCUCCGGGACAUUCCAGCUUUCCAAGCCAACACUGUGCUUUUCCAGCACCUCCUGAGCUUCUGCUACUACCCAGCAGGGCCAGGGGAGGGUGAAGCCAUGGAGCAGGUGCCAGGCUCCAGGAAGGUGCACACGUUGCUUCUGCUGAAGGCGCUGCAGACAGUGCGGGCGCGCUGGCAGGAGCGCAGGAAGGUGCUGCGGCAGAACCGCAGCGCGCGGCACCAGUCUCACUGCCGCCUGCAGGAGCUCACCAUCGACCUGCACGACCGCAAGUUCAUCGUCAUGCCUACUGUCUAUGCAGCCAACAACUGCGAGGGGCCCUGCAGGCUGCCCCUCUCCACCCGUGUACCCAGCUACUACUCGCACACGGUGCUGCUGCUGGGCAUGCAGGAGAGGGGCUCGCCACUCCGGCGCGUGCCCUGCUGCGUGCCUGUAGUGCCUGUCCGCUACUCUGACCAGCUCAUCAUCAGUGUCUCUGCAGAGGGGCUGGAGAUCCGCAAGUUCCCGAACAUGGUAGCAGAGGAGUGUGGCUGUCGGUGA